AUGGAUCACGUUCUGAUAGUCAUCGAGCGCCUGAAGGCCGGCGAACAGGCACUUGAACGCAGAUUGGAGAUCGCCGAAGCCACUGGUAGAGUUCUCAGAAGAGACAGUGACGCCGUGCUUGCGCAGAUUGAACGCGGUCAGAGCGUUCAAGACCAAACUCAGCAGUCAGAUCCAGGCUUCACCAACACAUUGUGUACAGAUCGUGAUAGGAAUUCUCUGCGCUCGCACUCGGGCGUCAAUACUUGGGAUGGCAAAGUUCAUGAGAGACACUUUGUUUCGGGAAGUCAUGGCGUGCCACGCCGUUUUCAGCAAAUUGACCCUGACAUUUCUUCUCAGACUUGGACAGAUAAUGGUAAUAGUUCGCUGCGCACAUACUCGCGCUCAAUCAUCGGAAACAGCAACAAUGCUAAGAGACAAUUCAGACUUCAGGAUCAGGAUGUGCCUCAGCGUUUGCAGCAUGUGGACCCAAGCAUCCAUUCUACGACUCAACCGUUUCACGACAGAAUCGCUUCCCGCACCAACUCGCGUGCCAACACAGGAGAGAGCAACAAUGAUGAGGGCCGGAUUAUUUUCGAAGAUCAGGACGUACCCUGGCGUUUCCAGCACACGAGCCCCGGCGUUUUGGCCACCUUUCCAUCAUCUCGAAGCAGAUUUCCGCUCCGCACUAAUUCAGACGCAGUCGCUCUAGCUGAUGACCAUGAGGAGAGCCCUCUCGUUCCUGGAAGUUUGAGCGUGCCCAAUCGUUUUGAGUUGUUUGACCCUCUCGCCUCUGACACCUUUCACUCUUCCCAAAAUGGAAAGCGUUCCCGCGCUGAUUCAGACGCUAUUUCUGGAUUUGAUGACCAUGAGAAUGCAUUGUUCAUUUCUCAAAACCAGGAUUCACCCAGCUGUCUUCAGUGCUCCAACCCAAAAGUUGCAAAUACCUUUUACUCGGCACAUAUCGAUGUUUCUUCCCGCACCAACUCAUACGCCGACGCCGAAGGUAACACCGAUGAAGAGACCCUUUUUGUUUCUCAAAGCCAGGACGUGCCCCGUCGUCAGCAGUACUCGGACCCUGGAGCUUUGAACACCUUUCUCUCUGCCCACAAUAGAAUUUUUCAUCGCCCUAGAUCAACCACAAUCACUGGAGCUUAUGACAAAGGAGAGACUUUGUUCGUUUCUCAAAGUCCCCAGCCUGUCGCUUCGGCUUCCAGAAUGACACUUCGCAGCCUUCACAGUCUUUCUGUUCACAACGACGACGCUACUUAUGCCAAAAGACGCUGUGUCACCUUCACACAAGAAGAACCUAUCUACAUCUCUGACGACCACGACUCACCCAAUGAGUACAAUGACUAUGGCGACAGUAACGCCGUGCCUCCCCAUUGCCCCGAAAAUGAUGCCAACAUCGGCUACAACAAGUCCAAGUACCAAAGUGAUGGUAGAUUGAUCAAGCAGCCAUACGUCCAACCACUCACAUCAUCAAUGCCUUCUACCUCAACUGCCAUCCCUUCCAUCCGCUCUACCAUCAACCAUCCCUCUCGCACUCAAGAUUCCACCCAAACCUAUUCCUCCAACUCCGGCGUCGGCGGUCCAAUCCGCCCAAUGCAACAAGAAGAAUACGACGGCUUGAACGCUCGUGCAGCUGAAGUAAACAGCCAAACUCCCUGCCCAUACCCUGAUUGUGGUCGCCUUUACUCGAGUUACAGUUCUGUUGUCAGACACCUUCGUCGAGGACACCCGGAUUGGCCGGUCGUCAGGGAGAAGAUGAAGAGUAGGUACAAGGAGUGGAGUAAGUUGUGUGAGAAGAUUGGUUCGAAUGGCUAA